AUGGGCUCGGAAAACGAGGAACGCCCUACCAAAAAGCGGGCUAGGCAGUCCACGCCGUCCGCUGAGCCCAGCAGCAAGGGAAAAAAGCAGAGAGGCAGACCAAAAGUAGACACCCAAGACGAGACUGCUGCAGAUCGGCGCCGCACACAAAUCCGCCUUGCUCAGAGAGCGUACCGUCAGCGGAAAGAGAUGACCAUCUCGUCUCUGCAAAAGCAGGUCGAACAGCUGCAGUCCGUCAUUGAUGGCAUGAACAGCUCGUUCUUGCGCUUCAACGACCAGGCCAUGGCGUCGGACAUCUUCGCUUUGCGCCCCCAUCUGGCCUCCGAGUUGAGGUCGACCACCGAGGCCUUUGUCAACCUCGCCAAGACUGCAAAGACUGUAGAGGGUGAGGACGAGCGUGAGGAGAGUCAAGAAGCCUCCGAUCCUUCCACCACACCGCAGAACACGGCAGCUGCGCCAAACAUCUCAACACGAAACUAUCAGGACAUGGGUCAAACCCAGCAAGAUGUGUCAGCACCAGUCCCAAAUGCACCAAAUGCCACCGCCCAAAUGAAUUCCCAAUCAACGCAUAUAGGCUUGGGGUAUUACAAACUUGCCGACGAGUCUGACGUUCCGGUCUUUGGCCAGAACGUGGAUUUCUAUUCAGGGUCGGAUAUCCCUAAUCUAUCAGCUCCAAACUUUGGAGCUUCAGGGGAGCCAAUAGUUACUGAACUGCGUCAGCCUCAGGACACUCCCUUCGCCCCCUCAUCCCGCUUUCGGAGCGCCAACCAGACGGCUACAGUAAAUGCCCUCCAGCCGGAAACCUUUGCCCAGCCCACGGAUGAACAGUACCGGAACGAGACAACCGCGGUUGCUCCGAUUCGAGCACGCACCUACGAACCCUUCACACGUGUUUCGCCCUGGAUCCCAUCUCCCAUGAACAGCACCCCCCGGCCCGCCUUCACCUAUUCUUUCCAAGAAACAACAUUUGCACGCCGCUUGCAACGAGCCUGUCUCGAGCGAGCAUUUCACCUUCUCUCAACGGCACACCUCCGUCCCAGCGACUUUAAUCGUGUUUUCCGCCUCUGUCGUCAUUACUCAUCCCGGGACAGACUGCUCAAAGACUUCAGAGAUCUUCUCCAGCACUCGGUGCUUCAGCCACUUGACUUCUUGAAUUCACCCUUCCUCCACUUAGGCGGAGCAGGAACUCACUACCCUGUGCGGGAUGAAAACGGGAGAGUCCUCCCAGGCCAGAUAAACUUCAACAUUCGCCGCAUUGGUCCGUACGUGACGAGAGUUCAACAUAACGAACUGCGAACAAGUGCACACCCUGAUGUCAUUGUUACUCCCCAGCUGGAAUACGACCUAGAAGAAUAUGGUGGCGAGUGGCUCGACAGCCAGGACGUCGAGGGAUACCUGGAAGAGCUGGGCGUACAUAUUGACGCGCAAGCUUCUUUCGCGGAGACUGCUGUCAGGACCCUUGACGCUCUUGCUCGCAUUCAGUCAUCCCAGGGCGACGUCGCGCAUCCGGACUCGGAGAUGAGCGUCCUUGGCGAGACGCUCGACCAAUUCGCGCCCAACCAUGUCGGUUGCAGCUAUAGCUUAUCUCCACCUUCUCAGACCGUAUUGAUGGCCGGCAGCCCGGGGCAGGCAAGCUUGCCCAGCAGUUCCAGUGUUCCUAGCGGCACUCAAGGUGAAAACUCCACGUCUAAUGGCCCCAGUACGCCUGACAGCGUGAACCUUCUUCAACAAGCGGCGCAAAGGGUAGAUCAGGCCAGUACAAUGGGUUGGGGCGAAUUUCCAACAGUUGAUCCCAAGAACUGGGACGAAUGGGAUCGCUUCUACGAUUUGAACUUCGCUUGGGCGGACAACAACCAAAUGGACUUAAGCGAGUACGGCAUGGGUGGUGUGGCGACGGUGGACUUGGUGGAAGACAGGCGGCAGAACAGGACGGUGACAAUCGACGUCCAGAGAUUCAUCAAUGGAUUGAUCAAACGCGGUGUCUGCAUAGGCCGAGGACCAGGUUUCCGCCGCUCAGACAUUCACUAUGCCCUGCGGGCUGCUAUCAUCGAAGCUUUCUAA